AUGGCUAGUGAUAAAAAACCCGGAAAAUCAUUGCCAAAAGGCUCAAAAAGUAAUGAAGAAAUUCUUGCUGGAUUUCAAACCCUUCGCAAUGAUCAAAGAAUGAUGGCUACUAAAUUAUCCGAAAUGGAAAUGGAAUUAAAUGAACACAAGAUUGUCAUUGAUACAUUGAAGAAUGUUGAUCCUAAAAGAAAGUGUUAUAGGAUGGUUGGUGGAAUUUUAUGCGAGCAAGUUGUCGGAGAAGUAUUACCUGGGCUUGUUACUAAUAAAGAAAGGUUGAUAAAAGUCAUUGAGACGCUGAAUGAACAGUUGGAGAAAAAAGGUAAAGAGAUAAACGAUUACAAAGAGAAAAAUAAUAUAAGGAUACGAGGAUUAGAUGAACUCCAACAGACGGAAGAAGAAUCUAAAGAACCUAAAAGAAAUGCCCUCGUAGUUAAUCCUAUUGAAACUUAA